AUGUAUCUUUGGGGGCUUAGCCUGUGUUUGACGGUUGUCAGUGGUAUUGUUCCUGAAACUUCUAAAAAUGUUGAUGUGGGCAUCAAUGGAACGACAGAGGCGAAUUUAUUUCAAGGACAGACGACAUUAAAGGACAUGUUCAGGGAGGUAGAGGAACUGAUGGAGGACACCCAGCAUAAACUGGAUGAGGCGGUGGACCAGAUGGAAAACGAGAGUGCAAAAUCCAAUUUGCAUGUGCAGAGCCUACCCUCAAACUACCAUGUUGAAAGCAGUUCUGAGAGUCUGGUGGGGAAUCAGUCUAUUCAUAUUGUUGAGAGGAUCGAUAAGGUGACAGACAACAAAACUGGAGAGACUCACUUCUCAAGAACCAUUAUUGAGUCCAGUGGAAAAGAAAACAACACUGAUCGUGAGUGUAUCAUAAACGAGGACUGUGAGAAGAGUACAUACUGCCAGUAUGAAACCCACAGCUCCAAGUGCCUUCCCUGCAAGCAGCUUGAUGCAAGCUGCACAAAAGAUGAGGAAUGCUGUUCAGGACAGUUGUGUGUGUGGGGACAGUGUGCUAAGAAUGUCACUCAAGGAGAGGCAGGGACUAUCUGUCAGUACCAGACUGACUGCAGCUCUGAGCUCUGCUGUGCUUUCCACAAAGCAUUGCUCUUCCCAGUGUGCAGCCCCAAACCAAUGGAGCGUGAACGGUGUUAUAUUUCCAAGAGUCACCUGAUGGAGCUGUUGUCCUGGGACAUGGAGGGUGAGGGCCCACGGGAACACUGCCCCUGUGCUGGAGAGCUUCAGUGCCAACACCUGGGACGUGGGUCCCUCUGCUUGCAGAGGCAGAAUUCCAGUGAGGAGGACCUGACUGACGCUCUGUAUUCUGAGAUUGACUACAUUGUGUAAAGCCUAAAGCUCCAGCCACUAAGCACACUCAAUCAACAGAGCUCACUUCCUGACUAGCUUUACCAUCAAAAUGGAUUCAUACUCUUCUUUACCCUCUCAAAGGCAUCAGAGAUAUACUGUGUGCACUGGUUGACCCAAACCCACAGCAUAUCGUUCAUUUAUGUCUUACCAAGCUUUGCCAUGAGCUUCAUGUUGAACACUUGUGCUUGUAAUGCUGAAAUUGAACCAAAGUAGUAAGCAGAAA